CUGCACCUUGAAUUGAGCACUGUAUGCCUCUUUCUCUCCCCCUUCCCUUACCAAUGGAUGAGGAGCAGCAAGCAUCACUUUUAUGUAGCCUUUUCCCUUCUCCUGUUUAUUUGAGUGUCUGAUGUUGAGGCUUCAGCAGCGCAAGGAAGCAUAGGCGUCGUCACCCACUUUGCCACUUUGCCAAAGGAGUGACUGAAUCGAUGGUGUUUUAUGCUGGCAAAAUCACAUGGAGUGUUCUUCCUGAAGAGUCUGUACAGUUCGCAUCCUGUAGACAGAGGGUGAAAUCAAAAAGGGAAUUUUUUUCCAGCCACCUGCAGAGAGAAAGAGGAAGCAAAAGCCUUUCUGUAAUUCCCGAAACCAGGAUGCUGGAUGUAGUUAAAAUCUGCGGCUAAGUGCCUUUGCCAGCUGUGAAGCAUCCCGGGCAGAUCUGAAAAGUGCUUCAGCUGUCAUUAGCAAGGUGUAGCAUCUUUCCCUGAACCAUUUGGCAAAGUCUAGGGAUUGUUUAUUCCUCAAGCCCGCUACCCCACAACCCCUAACUGGUAUGUAAUUCGUGCAGUCGCGCUUUACACAUUUGAGGGCAAACCCAAGUUGACUUUUCGGCUGGAUGAAGCUGUCUCGCAUCAGUUUUGCGAAGGUUCCAGCGUCGCUUUCGAUGGCAAAUUGCCAGAGCCUUUAAAAACCUUCCAUCAAGGCAUUGAUUCCAGGGUGAAAUGACAUUUAAUCCAAGUGCAGGCCCAGCCAAUCACAGCAGCUCCCUCUUAACAUCACUUCCAAUCCCAGGACGAUCUCUCCAUUCACCAUUGGACAUCAAGCACUUCCUGACCUUCCGCCUCAAUGGGACACCCCCGCUCAACCUUUUCCCCAACUUCAACGCGAUGGAUCCUGUACAGAAGGCAGUGAUCAACCAUACGUUUGGUGUACCCAACCCACUCAAGAAGAAGCAGUUCAUCUCUUGUAAUAUUUGCCAUCUCAGAUUCAACUCUGCGAAUCAAGCUGAGGCACAUUAUAGAGGCCACAAACAUGCCCGGAGACUCAAAGCCAUUGAAGCAGCAAAGAAUAAGCACAAGACGGCUGACAGUAACAGCAGCCAAGAAAAACCAGCUGAUUUUGAUACCGCACUACAUCUCAACGGAAACACCACCAGCAGCAGCAGCAAUGGAGCACAACCCAAUGGCCUACUCAGCUUGAACCAGCCAACAGCAGACAACUGCAGCCUCAUGAUGAUGUCCCCAGCAGAGGAGUCAUCUGCCAAGCUAGCAAGUGGCAUUUUGCCCCUCGCCUCCCCACCAGCUUCAGAGCCUUCGGAAGGAGCUCCGGACACUGCAAGUUUGGCAUCAUCGUCUGCAGCUGCUGGAGCUGAGACUCCAGCUACUGAAUCAGGCCAGACAACCAGCUCAGCACCAGAAAUGGAGAAGGAGGGAAAGAAAAGUAAGCAGCACCUGUACUGUCCAACUUGCAAAGUGACAGUCAACUCUGCCUCUCAGCUGGAGGCACAUAAUUCUGGAGCAAAGCACAAAUCAAUGUUGGAAGGUCAGGCCAUUUUGCCAAGGCGAAGUAGGGGGAAGGUCCUCUCUCGUGUGGGGCACAAGCCCAAACGGAUUGGCAGCAAAGGUAGCCUUGGCAUCCAAAACAAGGCCUUCCAGUGUCAGGUGUGCGAGAUCUAUGUCAAUUCAGAAACCCAGCUCAAUCAGCACAUGAGCAGCAGGCGGCACAAGGAUAGGCUUGCAGGAAAGCCUCCCAAGCCUAAAUACAGUCCCUAUAGCAAAAUGCAGAAGAAUACGGCCCUGGCAGUGAGUAUUCUCAAGUCCAAACUGGCCCUCCAGAAGCACCUUACAAAGACCUUGGCCGCACGAUUCCUGCCAAGCCCGCUCACCCCAGCUACCAUGUGUGCUCUCCCCAGCCCACUGACACUUCGACCAGCUGCCACGACCCUCUUCCAAGCUCCCAUCUUUGGACCAGCGCUUUUCCGAACCCCACCAGGCCCAGUGCGAGCAGCAACAGGCCCCAUCGUCUUUGCCCCCUACUAGAGAACUUCAGCACCAGUUACUUCACCAGUAUGGUGAAAAACAAGGGAAGGGGGUACAUGGGAAUUUGGGGAGGGAGGGGUGUCUUACCAGGGCUGUGUUUGGACUGAGCAAACAUGAAUCAGAAUCUUUCAACUGUUUUAAUGAGCCAUCGUUUUGUUUCUGCCUGCUUUUGCCUGAUUUAUUAACUGGAAAAAAUACUUGGUUGAAAAACAUCCCCACCCCACUCCAAAUUAGUCUUCCUGUUAAUGUUCAACAAUGCCACAAUGCACCCAGCUUCCUGUUUAUUCAGAUGUUGUGGCAGGACAAGAAAUGUUGGAGGUACAGUACAGCGAGCCCUUGGAACCUCCAACCUCAUUGAUACCAAAAUCCAUAGAUGCUCAAGUAUCAUUAUAUACAAUGUUAUAGUGGGAUAACGUUCCUUAUAUACAGGGUAGCUAUGAUCCAGAAGUCAGAUGAGUUUCACUAAAUUGGAAUUUAUGGGUGGAUAACUGAAGGAUAAACCAGACAUGGUGUGGGAGUUCUCUACAGAGCACCUACUGUCUUAAAAAAAAAAACAGAUGUGUGUCAGUCAGAUCUGGAUAGGAUCAGCAAAGGAAUCAUAACCUUUCUCCUGAUGCCUUGGCUGUGAUUCAGCUCACCCACAUCCUACAUGCAAAUGGCUGCCUUUUGAAUAAAGAAAGAAUAAAGUGGACACCUCAUCAUGUCCACUUGACCCUAGAACGUGCCCAAAGUGAUGCCAUUCAAGAUAGAAUUUUCUAUUUUUAUAAAGAGACACUAAGAUAUGUUUAGUGAAGAAACUGAUAUAGUUCUUCAAGAGGAAUAAAAGUAUGGGGGACUUAUGGCAAUAUGUGUAUUUCUCAUGCCAAAAAUUAUUUCUUUUGGGAAAAUGUUGUGAUCUAAAUCCUGCCCUGCUUUAAACCUUAAUGUUUAAUCCCAAAAUGAAAGCAAAACUCUGCAUGACUGAAAGCCUGUAUUCUGGUCCUUGAUGUGGGUGAGGUAGGGGGAGGAAUGAUGCAUAGCUUUGACCAGGAAUGGUACAGGCCAGACCUUGGCAUUUAAAAUAGUUUCUUAAAUUAUUUUUUCUCCAGCUUUGGAAAGAGUGCAAUUUACAAUUUAGAUAUGUUGAGGCAAAAGAGGAGCCACAGAUAGGAUUCUUUUGGAUCUUAGAGACAUUUUCCCUGUGCAUGGCAUUCCUGUUCACUUCUUUUGCUGUAGUGAACAUUGAACAAUGUGAUGGGAAGACAGGAGAGUAUCAAAACUCUGCAUCAGGAACCCAGGAAUGUCCAUCUGAGGCCUUUGGAUGUUCAGUAGUGUUUCCUCCAUGUUGGCUAUUAUUAGCACAUUACUGUAGCAUAGAUUAGCCUCUAGCUCACACAUGUAAUAUGCAAGGUCCACAGACCAAAUCUGGCCUGUCAUAUCAUUUAAUGUGGCCCGCGAGGCUUUCAAUGCCUGUGCAACAUAGUUAAGUUUAUACAGUCUUGCAAUUGCAAAUGGUCCUUUUAAAACUCCAUAAGGCUGAUAUGACCCUCUGUGAAAAUGGGUUUGACACCCAUGGUCUAGCUGGUGUGUUGGAAAGAAAGAUUAAUGCCUGUGUUUAUAGGUUUGUGUCUUUUAGCUGGAAGGCAAAAGUUAGGGUUUCAGUUAGGGUUGGGCAAUUUGUGGCCCUCCAUAUCUUGUUGCACUGCACCUCUGAGCCAGCAGAAGUCAUGAUGCUGAGAGUUGAAAUCCAAGAACUGCUUGGAGGGCCACAUAUUCCUCAUCCCUGGUUUAAAUAGUAGAUAUUGUUGAAGUGUAGUGCUACCCGGAUUUCAACUUUCAGAUACAAAAUGUAUUAGAUGGGAAUUUAAUUCUAUGGGAACACUUUACUAAGAGCAAUUGCAGGAUGAUACUUAGAGUUUUGUAUUCAUCUCAGAUACUUUAUGGAGCAAUUUCCUUCAUACUGCAAAAUGUGUCAUUGGUUCACAUGAUCUUAACCCCUUAACCUGCACAGCACAUUGUUCUAGAUCAGUAGUUCUAAACCUGGGGUCCCCAGAUGUUUUUGGCCUUCAACUCCCAGAAAUCCUAACAGCUGGUAAACUGGCUGGGAUUUCUGGGAGUUAUAGGCCAAAAACAUCUGGGAACCCUAGGUUGAGAAACACUGCUCUAGAUUAUGUUUUGCAGGACCAUGCUUCUAGUUCAUGACAUGCUAGAUUAUUUAGAUCACUUCAACAAGCGUAAUCCACCUGCUAAAGAACAAGGAUGGGAACCAUUUGGGGCCCCCAGGUGUUUUGGACUGCUGUUCCUUUCAUUCCUUACCAUUUCUAUCCUGGCUGGAGCUUCUUGGACCUGAAUAAGUUCAAAAUAUGUAAGACCGAAGGUUCCCCACUCUAAUUGCAUUGAAAGCAAUGGUGAAAAGACUCACCAAUAUCAUUUACAAUAUGAUUACAGGGAUUUGUUCAAAGUGUCUUUCAAAGUUCACAAUUAAAGCAUUUUGAUACCACUUUAACUGACAUGUUCCUGUCCAGUGGAAUCUUGAGAUUUAUAAUUUGGAGAAGUAUUUAGAAUUUUCAGCCAGAAUGUUCUAGGGCUUCACCAAACGCUUUGGAAGUUAAAGUACAAUAUAGAACUGUAGUUGUCUGGUGUGAAAAUGACAACACUACUUGUGGCAAUUAGAUGUGAUCAAAGCAUGAACAAAAGCUACCUGUUCUGGCUUCCUCAUAGAAAAUGUCAUGACACUUUCCAGCUCUAAGAUUCUAUAAUUAUCAGCUUCUACUUAUGAUAAUCCUUAAUACUCAUAAAAAGAACAGCUCGGGUAGUUGUUUGAUCAUGUAUACCUUUUAACAGGUGGACAUCAAGCAUUAUGUUGAAACCAGUCUUAAUUUGUUGUUGUUCACUCGCACAGAUCUAUUUUGCUGUUUGAGGAGAUCCUGUGUGUAAGUCCAGAGCCCUUCCAAUAUUCCAGGAAAAGCAAAUCCAUGGAAACCAUCUUAUUUAAGGUAUACAGCAGAUGGGGUGGGACAUCUGAGAGCUGUAAGCUUACUUUUGAAACCAAUAUGGGUAUGUACAGUUGAGUAUUUUACCAAGUAAAACAGCAUGCAUGUAGAUACACACCUAAUAGCUAGGCAUCCCACAAAGUGCUGAGAGAAACCUUAUCUGAGCUGAGCAUAUGAUCAGAAAUCAAGUCGGCAGCAGCUGAGGAUACUGAUGUCAGUUGUGUCUCUUUGGCUUUGAGUCAGGGAUAUCCAAAGUAUUGAACCUAAUUUAGGGAUUGAGUUCAGCAUUUUGAGUCACUACUCUAAGGUUUGGAGUAAAACUUGGAGUGGAUUCACCAAACCCCAUUGCAUCCACCAGUCACCGAUUCCAGGGAAGGAGAAAGAGAGAACAGGAAAAUUCUCCUGCCAUAUAGUAACCAAUAUAGACAAUCGGUUUACUGAGCAGUGACAGCACACAGUACUACGAGUAGUACAUAAGUACGGAAUAACUCAUAAAUUAGGAAAUCCUUUCCGGCUAGCCAGACAAUCAUGUAUUAAAGAAAGAGUCACCUAAAACAGUUAUAAUUAUUUUUGAUCUUGAAGAGUCUGCAGACCUUGUAAUCCACACUUUUUUGAUACUAUGGCCUUUCUGCUUACUCCCUUCCCUGCCAAAUGGUAGGCUCAUUGCAGUUGCUCUCUCUGUGUAUUCCACCUUCUUGUUCAACCCACUAAUGUCAAGCUAUAAAGCCAGUGGUCAUUCUGAUUGGGGGAUUCAGGAAGCUAUAGUCCAAAAAAGUAACUUUUCCAAAAAUUGGAAACAUGACACUAUUCCCCAAGAUGAGUGAGAGAAAGACAGAAAGGGAUCUUUCCUGGGACUAUCAGACAGAGCAAAUAAAUAAUUAUAAUUAUCUAUUGUAAUAGAUAAGCAUGAGUUCCAUGCUUUCUGAGUCUGUCUUCGACUCUCCUGGAAAUUCCUUAGAAUUGCCUAGACUAAAUAUCGCAACACCAAAGUGGCAUUUUCUUUCACGGUAUACAAUAAAUAGUCAGCCCUCCACAUUCACUGGGAUUAGAAGCAGAGGACAGAACUACUGCAAAAAUGAAAAACCACACAAAUAUCUAGGUUCUCCAGCAUGAGAUCAACUUCUGCUGGAGAGGAGUUCGAUCUAUGAGCCUCUGGGUCCUACAGCAUGCUGGUGGAAAUUGAUGAUAGAAUUGCACUGGAAAACCUAGAGAGACUCCAAGAAAGAACGUUUUAAUCAAAUCAUUUAAUAAUCAAAUCCACAAAUCUGGAAGGCUGACUGUACUUUACCUUUGUUCCCCAAAAUAAUUUUUGGGUGGUGCUGAAAUCAAAAUGGCCACACGAUCAAAUCAUUAGCCACCCUCAUCUAUGCAAAAUAUUAAGGGAAUUGGCUUGAUUCUUCUUUGACUUUCAUACCUGUUUCAGAUUAUACACUUGUGUUUUUUCUUACACAGAUGACACACAGAUGGAAACUAUAUGUAUACAUGAGACAAAAUUCUUCUUCCUGCUGUAGUCGUUUUAUUAUGGAUGUAAAAUGUUCCCUUUCUGCCACAGAAUAGUAACAUCAUUUCUAUUUAUUAUAUCGAGAAUCAAAUGUAUGUAGGUCAGCAUCUUGUUUGUGAUAUUGCAAGCGUAAGUCCAAAUUACACUUGUGUAUGUUCUCUUUGUAUGUGUGUUUUUGUGGGGGUUGGCAUUUUCUUCUUUACCUUGCAGUGGCCAAAGCCAACUCAAGAUUCAUUAUUUUGUUGCAAGAGACCUCUAUGGCUAUUCAGUGGCUAGUAGAGGGGGGGAGAUCAGGGAAGCAUCUGGCAAUAACCGAUAUGCAACAUCAUUUACUAAGACGACUGAGGGGCCCUGUCUCUUCAGAUGUCAUCAUUGUAUAUGUAUGCUAUGAGAGCACAACUGAAUGUUUCUCUGGAUUACUCCACUUUCUUCCACCCAAUGAAUGGCCAGUGUGAGGGGGUCACCAUGAAACAGUGAGAUGUGGGGCUAAUUAAAGGGAAGCGGUAGUAAAAUUAUAGCACUCAGUGCACCAUAGCUCAACUUGCUAUAGUGUCAGCAGGUAGGAGCCUGAGUAACAUUAGUGAUUGUAGGAUGGGAGAAAUCUGGUCUAUGGGGGACAAUGUAGCAGGAAGAUCUUCCUCUAAAUUGGUUUUUGUAUGACUAAGGCACUAGUCAAAGCUCAGACCAACCUACAAGAAGCUGCAAACAGGUCUAAUCUUUCCCUGUCCUUUUCUCUAGUCUUGGGAAGUUCAGAGAGAUCUCUUCAGCUAUGAUGGGAAACUUGAGUCCCUGGAUAUAUCGUGACUCUACAAUGACCAUCAUCUCUAAUCAUUAGCCAAACCAGAUCAUGGGAGCUGGGGAUCAGCAACAUCUGCAUGGUGAUACAGUAGAGUCUCACUUAUCCAACACUCGCUUAUCCAACGUUCUGGAUUAUCCAACGCAUUUUUGUAGUCAAUGUUUUCAAAAUAUCAUGAUAUUUUGGUGCGAAAUUCGUAAAUACAGUAAUUACUACGUAGCAUUACUGUGUAUUGAACUACUUUUUCUGUCAAAUUUGUUGUAUAACAUGAUGUUGUGGUGCUUAAUUUGUAAAAUCAUAACCUAAUUUGAUGUUUAAUAGGCUUCUCCUUAAUGCCUCCUUAUUAUCCAACAUAUUCGCUUAUCCAACGUUCUGCCGGCCCGUUUAUGUUGGAUAAGUGAGACUCUACUGUACUUGAAAUUUCCUGGUGGAAUUUGAAUGACUCUACAUGUCUUCCCUGGGCAUCCAUUACACAUUCUUGAAAUGAAAUCUACACAAAAAAAUGCACAUCCCAAAUGGAAUAAAUAAAUGAAGCAAACUAAUGAACAUUUGCAUAAUUCAGGGCUAUUUCUGACUGGAGGUUUUCUUGUGGGGAUGGGAGGAGGAGGAAGCAAUCAUAAAAACCCCAAAUCAAGAUAUUCCCCACUGUGUUCCCAGCAGUUGUGUUGUCAGUAGCCUCCUGUUGCCACAAACAGAACAGAAGCAUCCCACUGCUCUUUGGCAAACACCCCACUUCUCAGCACAAAACAAAAUCAACUUCUUUCAGGUUUGUUGAUGUUGCUUUGCCUGUAGAAAACUAGGGGGCAUACAUGUUUUCCCUGGGCCUUUGUUGAAUGCUUCUAUGUAUUCAACUGCUCUUCAGCAUUAAAGAGUAAACAGACAGAAACAGCACCAAAAUAUCAUGAUGUAUUGAAAACAUUGACUACAAAAAUGCGUUGGAUAAUCCAGAACGUUGGAUAAGCGAGUGUUGGAUAAGUGAGACUCUACUGUAUAUACUGUAUGCCAUAUUCUUACUUUUCCUCUUCUCCUUCUCGGCGUCUCUUUUUCCCCCUUGCUUUGCCCCUACCCUGUAUAAGGGUUAGACUCUUGCUUUUGUUCUUUUCUUUGAUAAAAGGCAGCUCAUCUUCUGAAGAAACAGUGGCCAUGGUGUGUUCAUAGCUGUGCUUUCUUUCUAGAACCAGUGGUCCUGUUUCUUUCAUUAAUUGUGAUACUAUCUUUGAAAGCAACAGUCUUGACGAACUUUGUUUCUCUAAAGGCGCAUUUUGACAAGCCAGAAUAGCAGUGCCAGUCCGGAGUGGGGUACUCUGGAUCAGCAUCACUGGAAGCUACACUCCAUGCCCCAAACUGGGUCAGGAACUGGAUGCUGGUUGCACAGAAUAGCCCCGAGCUGGUCUGGCUGCUGGAUGGUAGCCACAGGACCAAGCUGUGCCAGAACUGGUUCAGUGCUGCUUGCUCGCGAUCUUCACCUUGCCCCUUUUGAUCUGGCAUUUAUGGGCACAAAAAUGGAACUGGAUACUUCUCGACAUCUGGAAUGAUAAGAGAGUUGGAAUCAUUACCUGCUUUCCCCCUCCCUUCUCUGGUCACCUUUUUUGCUCUGGAUAUCAUCACUCCAGGCACUGAGCAAUGUCCAGCUCAAUUUUUGUGCCUAGUGGGCACUUCAAAUGGCACAUCGAGGGGGCAAGCCUGGGGAAAGCAGAAUAGCACUGUUGCCAACUGUGUCCAGUUCCCAAAUAGGAAGCAGCACAAUUGAUAACACUUGCUUAAAGUCACGGUUUCCUCUGGACUUUUGGACAGGCUCUGUUAAACCAGUUCAAUGCCGCACCAAUUGGCCUUGGCCCUCAUUAAGCCAGAUCAACUCAGCGCAUCGUGCAACUGCUGCAUAACUGAUUUGCCCCUUCUUUGAGUUAAAUGCCAGUAAAGAUGCACCUUUCGUUUCAAUACAAUCCUAAGUGUGAGAAUUAUACAUGCCUCUGGAAGUUGUUGAACUACAGUUCCCAGCAUUCUUCACUAUAGGCUAUAUUGGCCAGAACAGUUAUGGGUUGCAGUCCAACAUCCUCUAGAUCAGUGGUUCUCAACCUAGGGUCCCCAGAUGUUUUUGGCUUUCAACUCCCAGAAAUCCUAACAGCUGGUAAACUGGCUGGGAUUUCUGGGAGUUGUAGGCCAAGACACUUGGGGACACACAGGUUGAGAACUACUGCUCUAGAUGACCCCCAACCACUUUGUAAUGCUGAAGAUUAUGAGUAUGUCAUUUUUUAAAUAGCUGAAGCAGUAUGUUGAUUGAGAUGUAGAAUUAAACACUCAAAAAGGGUUUUAAAAAACAAGCACUGUGGGAAGCAGUCAUCAUUUUAGAGGAAGCAUUCUCCACCUGUCUAAUACAAGAUGCAUGUGCAUCUUCUAAUGGCAUGGUAUGUUUUGUCUCUAUGUGUUUGCAAAUUUAUGCACAUUUGAUUGAUAACCAUCAUAAAAUUUAUUUGACUGUGUGGCAGUUUAAAGAUUACCCUUCUGCUUGUAAUGUGCAUUGUCCUGCCUGAAGAGAGGCAUAUUGAAGUAUGGAGAUGAUCUAGUCACUUUUGUGGACUUGUGAGGUUGCCCUAAUAACUGGGUUACAGAUAUAAUUUACAGCUUGCUUUAAUUCGUUACUGCAGUUAACAAUCUAAUGAACAUUCCUUAGUAGACCACAUGACAUUGCAAAUUAUCCUGUGAGGCAAACUUGGGAUCACAUAUGGAUUUCUAGUUUAGGGAAAGGGCCUUUAAAAUGCUCAGUCAGAGACGUCCUGUGUUUCACUAAACUACAAGCCCCAGAGUGCAGCAGGAGGCAGCCACAGGAUUUCAGAUGGUAUACAUACCCUUUGCCUAUUCUUUCAGCUCUAGUAUGAUAAGGCAAACCAUAAAUUGGGAUAAGUAGAGUCUAUAUAUUAUUCAUGCAGGAAUAGAAAAGAAGCUUGCUUGGACUGGUCUUCAGGAAUUGACCAAUAAUGUGACAAAUUCAAUCAGUUCAAGAGAGCGGAACUAGGAGAGGAGAAAGAAAGUUGUUCAGCUGGAUAGGAAAAUAGAAAACAGAAAGAAUUUGAAAUAGUGUACUGGCAGAGUCUAUCUAGAAUCCUAUUGGCAAUCCCAACCAAAGUAGACACGUUGAAUCAAGACCAUAUAUUGUAAUGGGUAAUACUAAUAGAUUCAGAAUUCUGUUGGAAAUCAGAGAAUUACCACAUUCUGGACUGGAAAGAGUUUACUUCACAUCUUAGAAAGUUUAAAGAACAUGACAGGCAAAUACAUUUGAUCAUUGAUUUAGUGGCUAGGUGGACCUUUUGUUAGUGUUGCAUUCAGGAGCCACCUCAACAUUCUCUACCUGGGGGAGAAUUCCACCCAUUGAUCUAGGGAAAGGUUGAUUUAGAGUUGAUAUAUAUGGUAGUAUUUCUGUUUACUACCCACAAAAACAAAUGGAUGACUUGCUCUCCAAACAGAGAUGUGUGUGUUAUGUUUAUGGUUCCCUAACCAUUUUUGGAGUUGUGGGGCGAUUUGCCAUAAAAAAAUAAAAUCUAUGUUUUGUAUACUUGUCACAUAAUCUUUAAUCAGUUAUCCCUCCCUAACCCAGUAAAGAUUGUAUGGAACUUCUUGCAAGACACAAAAUAGCAUUGUGCCUAUGAAGGUUUGCUACAUUCAGAGAUCUGAUGUUUUGCUUCAUUUCCACAACUUUAGAAUUAGUAAAAUAACAGAAUAAAGAGAAAACCAAGAUUCCGCCCUUCCCAGGUUUCACUGAGAAUUGCUUACUUUGAUUUGGGACAGGGAAACCCGCCUGCAGAAAUAGAGGUCCUCCUUUCGAAACUGAUAUUCUCAAAAUCUGAAAUGGAUUGGAAAUGUAAGUCUCAGAUGUGCUUAGGUAUUCUUAACUUCUUCUUGCAUCAGCUUUCAUUUAUUUUAGCUGCUGCCAUACUGUUGAUAACUUUUUGUGUACUUUUAUGUUAAGGGACUCCACAUUUUUCCUCUAGUUUCAACUCCCGGUGGCCCAAUUUCUCUUCUGGUUCAACACUCAGUAAGACCUCCAUCAUUCCUAAAAUGAGUUCAUAAUUCCUUUCCAAGGGUAAAUUCUCAAUGUUUUUGAAAUGUGGCCUAACACUGUAUGUUCCAUUCCACUGUGGCUUCUCUUCUUGAAAUACUAAUAGGUAGAAGUGUAUAUUUUACUCUUUCUCAGCACCCUAGGGUUGCUUCAUAUCUUAUGCUUCUAGUGGACACACACAAUGUUUCACAGAUACAUUUAAUCUAUUUCACGUAUGACAAAAUUGUAUUUAAUGGUAUGUAUGAUUCAGGUACAUAGACCAGAAAGUCCCAAUUGGCAGUAGCUUCCCAAUGUGUCUUCAAGAUGCGAAAUAAGAUGUGAAGAUAUCCUCAGGUCUGUAUUUGGAGAAUACAAACACUUAACUUUCAACACUUUUCAAGCAGUUGGAGAGAGAAAGAAUAUGCAGUGUUUCACUUCCUAUAAUGGGCUAUCAGUAAAACUAGGCUCCCAAGAUGACCACAGAAACACGCCAAGUAGCAGACAUCUAACAAUGCUUUCAAUAUCUGUUAAAUUUGGUAUUGAAAAUAUCAUGUGAGCCAGAAAUCUCUGGCCUUUGUCUUCAGUGGUGACCAGUUUGUGGCAUUUAGAUGUUGUAAAGCUAUAGCUUGCACUAUCCCUGGCUAGACUUAACAUUAGAUAGAGUCUGACCACAUCUGAAAGGCCACAGAUUGUCCCGAUACAUACUCACACAAUAUACAUGCACACACUUCUUUCUCUUCCUUCUGAAAUGGUAUUGCAAUGGUAUUCAUGCUUUCCUUUCUGUAUAAUUUUACGUUCACUGCCCAGUUGGUCUACUGACAUACUUCUGUACCUUCCUGGUUCUGAUUUAUCUGAAAGCAGUUCACCAGCAUCUCUCUCUUUCUAUGUGAUGGUAGAAUUGCAACUCGGCAACCAGUGGCUCCUCUGCUUGUAUUUCCCUUUCCAUCCUGCUGGAAAUCGUUCCAGCAUAUCCCCUCCCAUUGUCUCUCUUUUCUCCAUUCUUCACUGCUACACUCACGGUACUGGGCUCAGGAAAUGUGGGGCACACCUUGAACCCCAGCAGUGGUGCCUGCAGUUUUGUUUGUUAUCAUUUGCCAUUGCGUGAAGCCAUAAGACUGUCCAACCGACUCUUGGCCUGGAGGUGGCUGUUCUCCACUGCUACUCUGGGCGCUGGUGUUUUGAUACACCUGGCACUUUAACCCCUUGAAGCCAUUCCUUCUGCUAAUAAAUAAUAAUAAUAAUAAUAAUAAUAAUAAUAAUAAUAAUAAUAAUAAUAAAUAUAGCAAGAGGCUGCUUUAGGAACACAGUGUGGAUGCUUUCCUCUGUAGUCCUUUUCCUUUGUAUCCAAAGCAUUACUGCCUUUGAACAUAGCAUAUUAUAUACUCCAGGUAGUAGGCAGGGCACCUAGGCCAUAGUUCUCAGUAGUAUGUGCCCCCACUACCCCACCCUGCCCCAUCCAAUGUAAUUUUUUUAAAGGAGUGAUGUGCAACAAUGUUUAAUCCUUAAAAAUGAAAGAAAACUCAAGACUGUAGGGGACGUGGCCAGUAUGUUGUCCCCACUCCACCCUGAUGGUUCAAUGUAUAUUUUUGAUGUACUAUAUAUAUAAAUAUAUAUAUAAUAUUAUAUAUAAAAUGUUGAGAUUUAAGUAAAAAUAUUUUGAUAAUCAAAUUUGAUCACUCUACUGUGUUGUUUGUUCAAUAAAUGGAACUUGGGUGGAUGAGGAA